AUGGCCGUGGCCAGCGGGAUGGAGUACCUGCAUGACAGGGGAAUCUUUCACGGUCUCCUCAACAGCAAGAACGUGGCUAUCAUAUUCGAUGAGGGCAAGAAUCCCUCCGGCACCUGGAACCUCUGCAGGGUGGCCGUGACAGACUACGGCCUCCCUUUCCUGAGGAGGAACUUCGAGCUAAUGCCGGAUGUACAGGCGCGCCAUGCAGCGUGGCUGCCGCCAGAGGUUUUGCUGGGUGACGAGGCGAAGAUGGAAGGAGACUCGUGGAGCUACGGCAUCAUCCUUUGGGAGCUCCUAACGGGUUUCGUGCCAUGGCCCGGCAAGGCAAGGGACGACUUGACGGCGCUGGCAAGGAAAGGGCAGCUGAUCCUUCCCUUGUCUCUUCAGGACAACUAUGAGCAGCCUCCUGGGUACUGUGAGGUGAUGAAUGACUGCAUGCGGCGAGAGACGCAGGAUCGUCCGAGCAUGCGAAGGGUUCUCGAGAGAUUCAGGGACUUGUCGAGGAGUUGGGGAGGAGACUAUCUUCCUGGUUAA